AGCCUUGGCGGAAACAGCCGAGCGGCGCCCGGGAGAAGCCGAGCCCGGGGUGGGCGGUGCCAGGCGCGGGGCGGAAAGUGCCGGGCUUGGGCCGGGGCGCGCCGAGUGGCGAGCGGAAAGUGGCGAGCGGGCUCGGAAACAGGCGAAGCGGAGGCGGAAAGAGCCGAGGCCGGGGCGGAAAGAGCCGAAGCGGUGGCGGAAAGAGCCGAGGGGGCCGGCCGUUGCCGACACACCGCAGCGGCAGCAGCCUGGGCGGCCCCGGCCCCGGCAGCGAGCGAGAGCCCGGCCCCAACCCCGAGCCCGAGCCCGGCCCGGCGCCGGGACCCACCCGCCUGGUCCCUCCCUGCCCCGCCGGCCCGGAGCAGGCGGCUGCGGCGCGGCCCCCGCCCCGCCCUCCCGGCCCGGCGCCCCGGGCCCCCCUGCCCCCGCGGCCCGGCCCGGCGCGGCCCCGCGGCCCGGCAGGAUGAUCAAGCUGUUCUCGCUGAAGCAGCAGAAGAAGGAGGAGGAGUCGGCCGGAGGCACCAAGGGCAGCAGCAAGAAGGCGUCUGCCGCGCAGCUCCGCAUCCAGAAAGACAUUAAUGAGCUGAAUUUACCGAAAACAUGUGAAAUAGACUUUUCUGACCAGGAUGAUCUCCUGAACUUCAAGUUAGUUAUCUGCCCUGAUGAGGGCUUCUAUAAAGGAGGGAAGUUUGUUUUCAGUUUCAAGGUAGGACAAGGUUAUCCACAUGACCCUCCAAAAGUGAAGUGCGAGACGAUGGUGUACCACCCCAACAUAGACCUAGAGGGCAAUGUCUGCUUAAAUAUCCUCAGAGAGGACUGGAAGCCUGUACUAACAAUAAACUCUAUAAUUUAUGGUCUGCAGUAUCUCUUUUUGGAGCCAAAUCCUGAGGACCCCCUGAACAAAGAAGCUGCCGAGGUCCUUCAGAACAACAGACGUUUGUUUGAGCAGAAUGUCCAGCGCUCCAUGAGGGGCGGCUACAUUGGCUCCACCUACUUCGAGCGCUGCCUCAAAUAGAACUGACCAGCUGGCUGCCCGCUCCCCUCCUCCCCACCCCCUUCAUGAGGGACUCUGCCAACACUGCUGCCUUCAGCCACCAGGGGAUGCAGGAGCCAGGCACUGCAGGGCCCCCUAGCCCCUUCCCAGCGCUGCUCAAAUGGCCUAUGGCUGGGCAGCCCUUCCUCCUCUUACUCCUGCCCUUUUCGCCAAAGCCUCCUUACCCACUGGCUUGCUGUGAGGGAGGGCAGGUGGUUGCAGGGGGUGGGGAGCCCAGCUCCCCCCUUUCCUGACCAUGCAGUCCAAUUCCUCAUGGCUUCCUGCUGGUUCCCAGCCCCCAAGUGGAGCACAGAGUCCAGCUGCCUUCCUGGGGCCCAUUUGCUGCUAAGGGCAGAGAGACACCCCCUCCUCCCCCCAUGCACACACAUCCCUUCCUAUACAUCUGUGCUCUGGCACCUUCUACCUGCAGUGUGGUGGCACUGUGCCAGCUCCUCCCCUGGCUGGAAAUCAAGGCCUGUCUGAGUGCAACUAUUUAUUACAAAGGGGGGUUGUUGCAGAGCAGGGGUGGGGGGGGUGGCAGCCUCUCUGCCAAAGCCCUGGGGCAAUGAGCUUGGUCUGGCAGGCUUGCUCCCCCUCCCUUUUAGGUUCUGCUUCCCUUUUCUGUCUGUUUUUUUUUAAAAAAGCACCCAAUUUCAAACUGAACAAAUGCUGAUAAUUAACCAUGACCGGCCUGGGGGGCAGAGCCUCUGCCUGCUGAGCCUCCCCUUUCUGGAAGGGUGGAGCCUGUGGCCCCUGAGCUCCUUUCCCUCCUCCCUCCCCCUCCCCUCCCUUGUGCCCACCUGCUGGGGCCUGCCCAUGAAUGAACUGGUUUUCUCUGCCACUCCAGUGACUCCCAGGAGCCCCUGGCCAGAAAGCCACUGUACUCUAGUGUGUUGGGUUAUUAAAGGGGAAUGUUAGUGCA